AUGGAUGCAUGCCAUCAACUAUUAGAGAGGCCAUGGAAAUUCGAUAAAAAGGCCAUUCACGAUGGCUACACCAACCGAUACUCUUUCUUCCACAAUGAAAGGAAAGUCAUUUUGAAUCCACUUUCACCAAGCCAAGUGACCGAGGACCAGAAUUCUUUGAAAAGAAGCAUUGAGGCUUCCAAAUAUUCUAAAGAGGAUGAACCUAAAAAGAUGAACAUAUAUGUUAGAGAAAAUGACAUCAUGAAGCAUCUUUCAACAAACAAAGCUUUAAUUGUACUUAUGUACAAGGAGAGUUUUCUUUUAACUAACCCUCCAGAAGGUUUUCAUUCUCCUAUUCUUAAUUUGUUGAAGGAUUUGAAGAAUUAUUUCCUAAGGAUAUUCCAAGUGGUUUACCAUCUGUCAGAGGAAUUGAGCACCAAAUCGAUCAUCCCUGGUGCUACCAUUCCAAACCGACCAGCAUAUAGGAGUAAUCCUGAAGAAACCAAAGAACUUUAA